AUGCAACAAAAUCAGCAAUUUCUUUUUAAUUUACAAACAUACCCUGCAGUAGAAGAUUAUAUUAAUACUGUCUUGACUUCAAAAGAAGAUGAUUUUUAUGACAAAAUCUUUAAUCAAAUUGAUGAAUUAAAACUUAAAUUGGAAAUCCAACGUCAAAGUAUAGACAAACUUCGGAUGAACACAGCUGCACUGGAGUCAGAAAUGAACCGAAUUCCUUCUUCUUUUUCUAGUCAACAAUUCACCCAGUCGCAAGAAUCAUCAUCAAAUCCACAUCUUAAACAAAACUCUCCAACAAAACAAGUUAAAGCAUUAUCAACAACACAACCAAAUACACCACACUCUAAUACAGAACAUCAAACAGUUGAAGAGACUACUUCAACACAACAAAAACGAGUCAGACGAGCACACUCAAUUGACACCACUACUCUAUUUGAACCACAAUACCAAACAACACCACUAACAUCACAAAAAAUUGUAUCAUCUCCAAGUACAAAUGGAAAUCAUUCUACAAGUUCUCAAGAACCUUUCUCAUUGCAAAACAAUGAGGAACAACUAAGUAGUUCUCAUAGUCAAUUUAGUUCUUCGAUUGCUCCUCCAAUAAUAACCAGUCCAACACCUAAAACAGAAUCAGCAUCAAUCCCAGACAAUCAUCCAGUAUUAUCACCGAGGAGUAAAGCACAAUCUAAUCAAACAAUUUUCACUGCUGUAACUGAUAAAAGUGAACAAAAAAUAAAAGAUAAGAAAGAAACUAAAAGUGUUACAGACAGUAGUGAUAUUAAAACACCAAAUGACACAGAGAAACCAGAAACAUUUACAGUUUUUUUUGGAAAGAAACAACAAAAUCAAGUAAGCAAAUCAAAAGAUGAAGAUAUUAACAAAAAACAACAAAUGUUAAAAACAAAUCCACUUAUAAAACUACAAAACGAAAGUCAGUCACAAAGUACAACAAAACAAAGUCAAUCUCAAUUAUCUCAACCAAUUACAUCACAAGAAGAAAGCCAAACACUAAAAAAAGAACAAAAAAAGAAAGUUAAAAUUGUAAACAAAAAUGAUAUUGAUAGUUAUAAGAAGAUUGAUAAUUUACCAACUAUUCUUCCUGAAACUGCUGCACAAGGUCCACUUCCAACAACAUUUAAUCUUCCAUUAACAGGUAAAAAGAAAUCAAGACUAAGACAAGAUGUGUCAUCAAAAAGUGGGGAUGAUGAUGAUAGUAAAACAUAA